UUUAUUAAAAUAAAACCAUUAAAAAAGGACAGAUAGGAGGAAUGUUGUAAAUUAUAUAUUUUAUUUUUUGCUUGCUAUGCGCCCCUCAUCAUCAUCAUUUAAAAAGAGUUUUCACUCGACUCUAGGCCAUCCCUUCCCCUUCCUUUACCCCUAUCAUCUUUUUCAAUCAUUACCACAUAUCUUUGGCCGCAUUCCUCCGCCUUUUUUUCUCCCUCCUCGAAAUGGCCAACCGACCGAGCAGACUUUUAACUUUCAUUUGCUUGGACUAGAGGGAAAUUGAAAAUGAGAAAAAAAAUAUAAAAAUGCUAGUGCGUGUUAUAUAAUAUCUCUCUAUCGUAUUUGUGGAGGCGACGGAACUUUGUUCGAAAAUGAGCCGCCACCCGAACAAUUUUUACUUUAGUCAGUCUGCGUUGAUUUGGCGAGGGAAUGAAUAGAGGAAUAAAUAAAUACAUAAAAGAGAAAAAUGAGGAGGGAAGAAAAAAAGGAGGGCGGUGACUGGCUGGUGAUAUUGCUGCUU